AUGGAGCGCGAAGUGGCAGUAGAAGAAGGCCAUGCCGAUAAGGAGGCAACACAGGAGGAAGAGGAGGACAACCUUUCGGGGCUUAUGCGGGCGGUGCGCGACCCAGCGCUCGGGUUCGAAGUACGCGACCGUUCCUACCAUCUCAAGACCUACCCUGCCUGCUUCGUUGGCUCUGAGGCGGUGGACUGGCUGGUGCAGAACUGGGGUGCACGCAGUCGGGAGGAGGCGGUGCAGCUCGGCCAGCGCCUUCGCGCCGAGGGCGUAUUCGAGCACGUCAAGGACAUCACCAAGCCCUUCCUCGACGGGUACUACUUCUACCGAUUCACGGAGAAGAAGAAGGUGGUGAUCGUGGGCGGAGGCUUCGCCGGGAGCAAGGUGGCAAAGAAGCUGCAGGCGGCUUUCGACGUCACCCUGGUGGACUCCAAGGACCACUUCGUGUGCCUCAUUUCCCUGCCCUCGUGCGUGUGCGACACCGCCCACCUCUCCAAGGUGACCUCGCGCCACUCCACGUAUCUCCACUGCAAGGUGGUGGUGGACGAGGUGAUCGGCUUGAGGAAGCACGAGAGCGCGGUGGUGCUGAAGAAGGGCGGCCUCCUGCCCUACGACUACCUGGUCCUUUGUACCGGGUCCCGCUAUCGCUUGCCGGUUACCAGUAACGAGCAUAUACUGGUGGUCGACCCGCUCGUGCCCGCGGCGCUACAAACAUACUACGAGCCUCUGCAAAAGGCGACCAGCGUGACCGUAAUCGGAGGCGGCCCGGUGGGAAUUGAGAUAGCAGGCGAGAUAGCGCACUAUUUCCCUGAGAAGCGAUUGAACAUCAUCUAUUCGGGCAAGAAGAUGUUGGAGCGAUGUUGCAAGGGCGCACACUCGAGCGUCAAGAACUACUUCAAGGCGUUCCCCAACGUCCGAAUCUAUGCGGACCAGAAAGUCGUCGACACCGACCAGGAUUGCCUGGUCACAGACAAGGGAGACCGCAUCCCGACCGAUGUGGCCUACUGCGGUGUGGGCUUUGUGCCCAACACAGACUUCAUGAAGGCCAAUUUUGCUGAGCUUUUGACACCGAAGGGCCACAUCAAAGUGAACGAGCACUUGCAGACGGUGGACUACCCCAACAUAUUUGCUUUGGGCGAUAUUGCGGACAUCAACGAAGAGAAGCUGGCCCAGAACGCGGAGAAGCACGCUGAUGUGGUGGCCAAGAACAUCCGCGCCAUGGAAUCAACGUGCCCCUUCGCGGCCAUGUACUCCUACACCCCUGGCACCCGAGUACUCAUCAUCUCGCUCGGCCCCAAACGAGCCAUGCUGGUACGUGGCGACCGAGUCUACAUCGAGGGAUCGCUCGCCUCCAAGGUCAAGUACCUCGUCGAGUUUCGCAUCAUGCGCGGCCUCUAG